AUGGCCCGAAUGGAAAUCCGAGGUGGAGAUGCAAGGUGGUCUCUGAAGGGCACAACUGCUCUUGUUACUGGUGGUACUCGAGGCAUAGGUCAUGCUAUAGUAGAAGAAUUAGCAGAACACGGAGCUAUUGUGUAUACAUGUUCGCGGAAGCAAAAUCAACUCGAUGAAUGUCUAGAAAAAUGGAGAAGCAAGGGCUUGAAAGUGGCCGGGUCUGUCUGCGACGUGUCGUCACGGGUGGAGCGGCAGAAGCUAAUGGAAAGUGUGGCCCAAUACUUUGACGGGAAGCUUAGUAUCCUCGUAAACAAUGCUGGUAUAAAUAUGCUUAAGGAAGCUACAGAAUUCACAGACGAAGAUUACACGUACAUAAUGGGUACCAAUUUCGAGUCUUCCUUCCACUUGAGUCAACUUGCUUACCCCUUCUUAAAGGCAUCAGGAAGUGGAAACAUUGUGUUUAUAUCUUCUGUAGCUGGGGUACUAGGGUAUCCCUAUAUUUCUAUCUAUUCUGCGUCAAAAGGCGCAAUGAAUCAAAUGACGAAGAGCUUGGCAUGUGAGUGGGCAAAGGAUAACAUCCGCGUUAAUUCCGUUGCACCAGGGCUCAUAAAAACCUCACUUGUGGAUGCACUGUCUACAUCUGCUGAUAAGAAGGAAUUAACAAACAGCUUAGUUUCUCGAAUCCCUUUUGGCCGCCCGGGAGAGCCUAAAGAAGUCUCGUCGCUGGUAACAUUUCUCUGCUUCCCUGCUGCAUCGUACAUCACCGGACAGAUCAUUUACCCAGAUGGUGGAAUGUCUAUCAAUGGAUUUCCAUGA